AUGGGCCGUCAGCCUGAAUCCGGCUCCCACAACGAGGCCGACAUGCCGGCCAAGUGCCCCUCCGACGCCCAGCGCGUUGGGAAGCUAAGCAGGGCAAUCCACAGCACCGCAGCCGCCGCCACCCCGGCGCUAUUGGUCCGCGGCGGCGGUCGGGUGAUCAUGCGCAGUGACGAGAACCAGCUCAACCCCGACGUCAUUUCCGACAGGGCUGCCGCCUUGGGCAUGUUUUUUCCUUGCUGGCGUCAGGGUUCAGGCUGCAUCGCCAAGAAGCCCGCUAUGCCUGGACUGGCGCGGCGGAAGGCCAGACCGCGGGGCCGCGGCGACCUAGGCGCUCUGGGGCACGGCGACUCCGGCAGCUCGUUCCCCAUCGGGGCCGGCGGCUUCCGCGGCCCGGACCGCGGCGCCCUUGGCGACCUGAUCCGAGUGCCUCUGCCCCACGAGAAGUCCGCCGAACUGGCCGUCGACCUUGCAGAUGGCUCUGCCGACCUUAGAGAGGAGGGGAUCGCAGCGCCCAUGAACGGCCGCGUGGCCAGCGCAGCCAAAGUGUUCCAGUUGCGCGCGCUGGCCGGCUGGGCGGUCAGGGCAAGCCCGUGGGCCCCGUGCUUCGAGUGCCCCUGGGCCAGGCCGGCGCUAGUAGAGACCCCGGGCUUUUCCUCGGCCCAGCCGCAGCAAGGCCCGAUCGGAUCCGAGGCCCCCGCCCACGCCCAGGGGGGCCAAUCCCGGAUCGACGCCGAGCGCGACGAGCGCGCCCAUGUAAAGAAGGCCCUCAAUAUUCAGUAUCAGCGCGCUCUGGGCUUUCAGGUCAUAUACUGCGUCCACAGCCUACGCCCGCACUUGCACGGCCCAGGGGAUGCCCUUGAUAAUUUCUGCGAGCAUUGCCGGAAAAUGGUCGGUAAUCUCUUCGACAUGGAGCUGGGCUUCGACCCGACUUACUACGCGCACGCCGCCACUUGGGGGCGCUGGCUGAAGAUCGCAGGCCCGCAGCCGACCAGCCGCCAGAUCCAGCGCGCGGGUGGCGGAACAUCCGGCAGACGAAGGGGCCUGCGCGAGCCCCCAUCCACGGGGGCCCUGCCAGUUGUCGCGCUGCCACCGGCGACUCUGCAGACGGGCGACAACCGGUUCCAGCCGGCCGCCUGGUCGCAUCGCGCCCACUGCGACAAUUGCAAGCACCGCCCCGUCGACCUGCGCAAAUCCAGCGGAGGUGCUUGGGUCAACGCCGAGGCCCGCCGAACACUGGCAGCCAGCCGCUUAGAAUUCGACAGGCGAGUGGCCGACUGUUGGCGGCACUGCGCCUCGCGCUGGAAGACCAACCAAAACCUCGACGGAAAGCCCGUGUCAGAGAGGGCGCGCGCGACCCAGCCAGCCGAAGCGCGCGCCGCGAUGCCCGCGCAGCGCGCCGACGACGACACGUUCAAGGAGAAAGCCGCGACGGACUGCUGGAAGAGCAAGUGCGAUCGCUGCCCUAGCAUCGCUCUGACCCACGAACGGCCGCGCGGGCAGAGGCCGAAGGGCAUGUCGUUCCCCCGCCCAGGCCGCAGCGACGAGAGCGACGCCCCCACGCUGGAUGAGGAACCCGAGGUGUUCGCGGCGGAGUGCACUUGGAUACGGCGGGAGGGGUCGCUGCCUUGCACCCUGCGGCUCUGCCCCACUGCGCUGUGGCUCCAUCCGCGCGGUGGCUUCGAGCCGCGGCCGGGCGGUGCCGCGGCGCUCGCGACGCGGAGGUACGCGCGCGACCCGCGGCGCGCGCGGCGCCUCCGCCUGCGGGCGCUGCGGGCCACCUGCGGCGUGCUCCCCCGGCGCUUCCUGCACAGGCAGACGGGUCUGGAGCUGCGCUUCUUGGACGGCAGCGCGCCGGUGUGCCUGCAUUUCGACCGCGAGUCGCCGCCGGACGCACGCGGUGACGCGGCCGACGGGUCGGCCAGCGGUGCGCUGGGCGGCGAGGCGGGCGAGGAUAUGCAGGACGCCGCCGCCGGGCUCGGUGGUGGGCUCGGCGGCGCCGGUGCGGCGGCGGCGGCGCUGCUCGGGCGCGCGCUGUUCGGGGAGCAGCAGGACUGCGCCGAGGUGAGCCGGCGCGACGAGGCGUGGUGCUACAUCGAGCGGCUGCGGCAGCGCCUCGAGGUCGCUUCGGCGUCGACGGAGGAGGCCCUGGGGCACGCCCCGCCCGCGGCGGGCGCCGCCGCGCCGCGGCGCUUCCGCAGGGGAGGC